UGCCAUGUCCCCACCACCGCCACCUGGCACCUUUUCAUCUCUUAAAUCUAUUAAGCUUUGGGGUUGUGGUAAAAUAAAAAAGUUCAUCCCGUCUUGGAAGUUGGUAGGGUAUCUCCAAAGUCUUGAGUGGAUUGAUGCCCAGAAUUGUGAAGAAUUGGAAGAAAUAAUAGCAUCAGAUCCAGAAGAAGGAGGGGACAUCAUCAACAAGCUCAUUCUUCCUAAAUUAAAACUUCUGUGGUUGCACAAGUUGCCCGCAUUGAAGAGCGUCUGUAGCAGGAGUGCAGUAAUGGUAUGUGAUUCUCUUGAAUCUAUUACCAUUUGGAAUUGCGAGGGCCUAAGGAGGAUCCCUCUUUUUCUUCCCUUGGUUGAUAAUGCCCAACCAUCUCCUCCUCCUUCUCUCAAAAAUAUCACCCUAUUUCCACCAGAACGGUGGGAAUCAUUGGAGUGGGACCAUCCCAAUGCAAAGGAGGUCCUUCGACCCAUGGUUUAAUUUUAAUCGUUGAUACGCGAUUCCCUCAAGACUCAUUCGACAAGCAGGAAGUAGACUCAAUCUGUCUUGUUCGGUGGGCUUCAAAGGAUGUGCUUUCUACUUUCUAGUUUCUAUCCUUGUGUGGAUUUAAGUGUGAUUGUUGUGCUUUCAAUUUCAUAUUGUAUUGCAUCAUUAUUUUGGUAAAUUCCAGUGCAUAUUCAGCGAUCUGCAUUUUUUUUAUCUUCUCAAAACCCACAAAUUAAAGAAGCACAAGUUUUAUGCCAACAGUCUAUGAAGAAGUCUUCUGUUAGCACAUCCUUUAUCUCAGCAUUCUGAGUCAUUAGGAGAAACCACCGAUCAUUUAAGCGAGGUACAUUUUCUUAUUUCAGUAAACUACUAAUUAUUUU